AUGGUCUACAUCACCUCUGACCUCUUCGGUCCGAAUACACCACACGAGCGACAAUACGACGAAUCGCCCAACUAUUGGCAUGCCAUGGCUCACGAACAACAUGCCGCCGGUUUGGGCAAGAGAAAGAGAAUGGCCGGCGAUGAUGGACCACAACACAGCAUGUCACGCCAACAUCGCCCAUCACCAAGUCGCGAGGCCAACCGCCUACACCUCCACAAUACCCCGCCUUUCGAAAGCAACAACAACCUACCUUACUCCCUCUUCCCAUCAAAACAACACGAAUACACAUCGGAACGACGACCAGUUAAGCAGCUCAAACGUCUCGUUCCAAAAGUGCCCCUCGUCAAGUCGACAUCACACCUCAUGGACGUUGACUUUGACAUUGCAUCGACCUGCCAAAGCCAAUCACAUGCCGUUUGCGACUUGCGAUCCUGUCACGCCUGCAACAAAGCGCCUAAGCGACGGAAAGACUUGGAGAACUACUUGGACUGCAGGAGGUGCGAAGGCCGGACAUGCUUCAUUUGUGCGAGGCAAUGUGUAGGGUGCAGCAAGGCAAUCUGCAAAAAGUGCAUAGUAGAGGUUGGGGAAGAGGGGGAUGCAUGGUGUCUGGACUGUUAUUCACGGAACAUCAACUCGUAA